GUACAAUGUCCAUGGCCAGAAGUCCAAAUCGGAUGAUCGGGCCAGGGCUGAGGACCAGGACCCGGAGGGCAAACGUCAGCUCCAGCCAAAGCGCAAGGGCAAAUUUGGGAACGACAUCCACGAGGUGCACUGCGGAACGAACCACACGGUGUUUCUGAAGAAGAACCAAUCCUCCGAUGCCUUCGGGUACGAAGUCUACACGACGGGCCUCGGAAAUCAGGGACGUCUCGGCGUAGGGCCGGGCAGCCUGUCAGGUGGCAGAGAGGAGGAUGAUCAAGAGAUGGUGGAGCUGGACAUAUGGUGGUCGCGCAGCGGGCCCAUUAAGACAAUGUUCCCGUGGACCUCCGGGACGCGCGCGCUGCACGUCGCUUGUGGGGCAGACCACACGCUGUGUCUGGCCACAGAUGGACAUGUCUACGCUUGGGGCGUCAACAGCCACGGCCAGUGUGGCACGGGCUCCUCUGCGGCCUGGCAUCGGAAGCCGACGCGGGUGCAGCUGCCCAAGGACCACGCCAUGGUUAGUCACAUGGCUGCCGGGGCACAGCACUCCCUGGCCAUCAUCGAUGGGGUGGUGUUCACAUGGGGCAACGGCCGCAAUGGCCGCUUGGGCACAUCUCAAAGCGACGAUUGUCGUGCCCCUAUGGACAUCGAGAUCACGCAUGAGCACCGAAUGGCCAUCGUUGCCGGUGGUGAAGCCCACAGUGGCGCCAUCGACAAGCGGGGCCGUGUCUACAUGUGGGGUGCCGGCGACUCCGGCAGGCUUGGAUUUCCAGAGAGUCUGGAUGUUUUCGAACCCAAGCUCGUCUGGUCCUUCGAUACCACCGGCGUGACCAUCAAGGCAUUGGCUUUGGGAGGCUUCCAUUCCCUUUUCCUGGAGGCCAGCCCGCGGGUCGGAAAUUUGUACAGCUGCGGCAGCGGUGCGGCAGUCGGCCAGUUGGUGGAGGGCGAGCGGCGCUGCGUUUCUGUGCCGGUCGCAUUGCAGCUCCCAAGCAAGGUGCUGCAGAUAGCUGCGGGCAUGUUUCACAGCAUGGCGUUGCUGGAGAAAGGGCUGGUUUACUCUUGGGGUGUCGGGGCCCACGGUCGCCUGGGCCACGGCAGCGAGACGACGCUGUGGGCGCCUAAGGCGCUGCCUAUGCCAACCGAGACAGAAGUGCAGAAGGACCAGAUCGUCUUCAUCCCUCACGACGUUCACGAAGACACGGACUCUCGCAAGGAUGCUCGCAUUGAUGACGCGAAGCUAGCCUACGUGGUGGCUGAGCUCAGCUGCGGCUCAACACACGCCUUCGCUCGCACCCACGGCGGCUUCCUUUAUGGUUGGGGCUGCGACUCGACGGGACAGCUCGGCUUCGCAGGAGAGGAGGGUCAGAUCUACUACUGGGUGCCGAAGCAGCUGGACAUCGGACGAGUCAUCAAGCAGGUAUGCUGCGGACACGAGUUCACCCUCGCAGUGACCAUGUCAGAGGAGCUGUCAUCGUGA